AUGUCGGAUAAUGAGAACAGUGAAGAUGUUAUGUUGCAAAGACACAAGAAAGAGCGCAAGGACCUGCAAGCACAAAUUCAAAUUUUAAAAAAAUCAGUAGGCAAAGGUGACAAAAAAAAGAAACGUGAAAUAACCGAACAAAUCGCACAAUUAGAGUCAGAUUUGGACCGCCGUCAGGACGAAGAGUUGAACAAUUUAAAGCUGUCACAAAUAACGCUGACUGGUUUGCCAGAAGAAACCAUCAUACUGCCAGAGGACGACAAUGACAACGACAACGACAACCCGAAGAUUUCAAAAGCGCAAAAGCGCCGAGAGAAGAAAGCUCUCGCGGAACGGGAGCGAAAUCAACGAAUCAUCGAAGCCGAGGCGUUGAACGUCUUCGGGAAGCGCAACGUCGAGACCCAGACGAUCAAAAAGAUCCUGGGAGAACGCGACCUGAUGAUCUACGAGGUGCCCAGUGAUGGUCAUUGCCUCUACAACGCGGUCACCCACCAGCUGAAGAGCAUCGGAGUCCCCAUGAGACUCGAGGAGCUACGUCAUAAAACUGCCGAGUACCUGCGUCAGAAUAUCAACGAUUUCCUGCCGUUCCUGACCAACCCAGACUCUGAAGAUGCUCUUACUGAGGAACAGUACCAGCAGUACUGCGACAAUGUCGCGACUACCAGCGCCUGGGGCGGCGCCAUUGAGCUCCAGGUGCUCUCUCGCAUCCUCAGCUGCCCUAUUGAAGUCGUCCAAGCUGUUGGCAGCUCUUAUAUCGUCGGGGACGAGUUCGAGAGCUGUAAAAAGAUCACUCUCACUUAUCAUCGACAUAUGUAUGAGCUUGGUGCUCAUUAUAAUUCUGUUACCAAGUUUGUUAGAGAUGAUAAUGAUGAUAGUUGA